CCAAAAUCCUCCAUCUCUCUGUAAUCACCGUCUCUAUAUAAUGGCAGCAUCCAAAACCCUUGAAUUCGGCAGCAAUAUCCAGAUACAACAAUGGCUUUCUCUUCACUCGGAUUGUCGAUGUUUGCAGUUGCACCACUUGAACUUAACAACCGCUCUGGGGUUGUUAGUUCCUGGUGUAAAUCUAGUUCAGCAAGCACUCGCAGUUCAGCAUUGUCAUGUAAGAACUUGUGGUUAGGCUGUUCAAGAGACUGCAAGAUGGAUGUGAGGGCUUCAGCUGUAGCUGACAGGAUUGCGGAAUACUCUGAUGAGACGUAUUCAACUGUGGAGACAGACAUAAAGGAGCCCAGUGUAUCAACCGUACUCAUGAAUUUUGAGAGCAAGUUUGAUCCCUAUAAUGCAAUGAGCACACCACUAUAUCAAACAGCUACAUUCAAGCAGCCUUCAGCAACUGAAUCUGGCCCCUAUGAUUACACUAGGAGUGGCAAUCCUACACGUGAUGUGCUUGAAAGUCUGAUGGCGAAGCUUGAUAAAGCAGAUCAAGCAUAUUGCUUUACCAGUGGAAUGGCUGCCUUGUCUGCCGUCACUCAUCUCGUUAAACCUGGUGAAGGAAUUGUUGCCGGAGAAGACAUAUAUGGUGGUUCAGAUCGACUGCUUUCACGAGUCAUUCCAAAUAGAGGAAUUGUGGUCAAGCGUGUGAAUACAACCGACCUAGAUGAGGUUGCAUCUGCUAUUGGUCCACAAACAAAGCUUGUAUGGUUGGAGAGUCCAACCAAUCCAAGACAACAAAUUUCUGAUAUUCGUAAAAUAGCAAAGAUCGCCCAUGCUAACGGGGCUCUCUUGUUGGUGGAUAACAGCUUAAUGUCUCCUGUAUUGUGUCAGCCCUUGGAACUUGGAGCAGACUUUGUAAUGAACGCAGCUACAAAAUUUGUUGCGGGACACAGUGACGUCAUGGCCGGAGUGCUUUCCGUAAGAGGAGAAAGGUUGGGAGAAGAAUUGUAUUUCCUACAAAAUUCAGAAGGUGCAGGGCUGGCACCUUUUGAUUGUUGGAUCUGUUUACGGGGUAUCAAGACAAUGGCAUUGCGGGUUGAGAGGCAGCAGGAGAGUGCACAAAAGAUAGCAGAAUUUCUGGCCUCUCAUCCUAGGGUGAAGAAGGUCAAUUAUGCUGGUCUUCCUAACCAUCCUGGACACACUUUACACUACUCUCAGGCCAAGGGUGCAGGAUCAGUUCUGAGUUUCGAGACAGGGUCCUUGGCUUUCUCUAAACACAUAGUAGAGAAUACUAAAUACUUCGGCAUAACUGUUAGUUUUGGGACCGUAAAAUCGCUGAUAAGCAUGCCGAGCUUUAUGUCACACGCAGCCAUACCUGCAGCGGUCCGUGAGGCUAGAGGUCUAACAGAAGAUCUGGUUCGUAUCUCUGUCGGGAUUGAAGAUGUGGAUGAUUUGAUUGCCGAUUUAGACAAUGCACUCAAAACCGGGCCUAUUUAGGAUCCUCCGGUGCUACCGUAGUUCGAUUAGGAUUUUUUUAUAAAUAUUUUCUCAUCUCUCCCCCUGUAACUAAAACGCAGGCUAGGAUUUUUUUUCCUUGUUUCUAGUUGAAGUUAUCUAGUAAUAAACAUGUUUGUUCUAUUAAAAGAUCAGAAAGCAUUCAUCCCCUUGUUUUUUUCAUUUGCCCCACCAGAUCUUAUUAAAAAGUGAAAUAUGAUUUUCGUCAUUAUGGUUUGUAAUUUAACGAGAAGCGAAAAAGUAAUGAAUAUUAAACCACGGGGAUAAUAGUAACUUGGAAAUAACAAUUUUCAAGUCCGUCUUUUGGUCUCUAUUAGUGGAUUGCAAUUUGAAGAAAAAAGUGAUUAUAAUCUCAAACCCUACUAUAAGAUAUCUAAACUAUAUAAAUCAAACCAAAUAAAAGCAAAAUCCUAAAAAAAAGGAAGAAGAAGCAAACAAACCAUGAGAACUAUAUAAAACCAACAAAGAGGAACAUCAAAAUAUUGCAAAUCUAAACACCCUCCACAGGCCUACCACCAUGACUACAAUUUUACCUCACUA